UCCGCAUCCAACCAGACGGGGUUGCAUCGUCGCAAACUAUUAUUGUCAGUCUGUGAACACCCGGAUUUCGUGCAGUUCUCGGCCCUGAUCGAAUACCGAAGUCUAUCUUGCAUCCUUUACCACCGAGGCCACGAGAUAUGCAAGGCGAACAUCACCGCCUGUGACGAAAGCGGUCCUGGGACGGGAUCUGUUUAGCCCCUCCAUUCAACAGCACUGAAGCGUGUGUCUAGCCCCCGCAGUCGACUCGGCUCGGCUCUACAGAAAAGUGUCUGGAGUCGCUCGUUAAUCCCGGUCGGUUGCCUUACACAGCGAGCCACUUGUACAAACCUUGGAUUAUUUCGCGUGGAGUGAUUGACGCGCGGUCGAUCGCGGAGAUCGCCCGAGUCAAGAUGGCGAUGAACUUCGUGACGUUCAACCAGGACUAUAGCUAUCUGGCUGUCGCGACUUCCAAGGGAUUUCGGAUCUUUACCACGGACCCUUUCGCGAAAAGCUAUGAGACCAAGGAAGGGAACAUUGCCAUUAUUGAGAUGCUUUUCUCGACAUCCUUGGUCGCGCUAAUCUUGUCACCUCGUCGUCUUCAAAUCACAAAUACGAAGCGCCAGUCGACGAUAUGCGAGUUGACAUUUCCUACAACGGUGCUGGCGGUGAAGCUGAACCGUAAGCGACUCGUGAUAGUUCUGGAGGACCAGAUCUAUCUCUACGAUAUCCAGACGAUGAAGCUUUUGUAUACCAUUGAGACUUCCCCAAACCCCAACGCAAUUUGCGCUCUAUCUCCCUCCUCCGACAAUUGCUAUCUCGCAUAUCCUCUUCCUCAGAAGGCGCCCCCCUCGUCAUUUACUCCUCCGUCUCAUGCGCCUCCCGGAACUACACAUGUUUCACCUACGAGUGGUGAGGUCUUGAUCUUCGAUACUUUGAAGCUAGAGGCUAUCAAUGUCAUCGAAGCGCACCGAUCUCCUCUGGCUUGUAUCACACUCAACAGCGACGGUACACUGAUAGCCACGGCAUCCGACAAAGGAACUAUCAUCCGAGUCUUUUCGGUCCCUGACGGUCAUAAGCUAUACCAGUUCCGACGCGGUUCGAUACCUUCUAGGAUUUUUAGCAUGUCAUUCAACACCACAUCGACACUUCUUUGCGUUUCUUCUUCUACCGAGACCAUUCAUCUGUUCAAAUUGAGCCAGCAGUCUCAAUCGUCACACACCACACCGUCGUCAUCUGCACCGACUGCGGCUGACAGGAGAUAUAGCCAGAGCUCCUAUGGGCAGUCAUCGGAUCCUGACGAUGCCGGUGGCGAGUCAGGGUCCUCUGAGUUAGCUUCCAGAAAACACAACGGGACCCUGAUGGGGAUAAUCCGACGUACUUCACAAAACGUCGGCAGCUCAUUCGCCGCGAAAGUUGGAGGAUAUCUUCCCAAGGGGGUCAGUGAGAUGUGGGAGCCCGCUCGGGACUUCGCUUGGAUCAAAUUGCCCAAGUCGAACCAGGGCCCCGGCGCCAACGGCAGCAAUGGUCCACUUCGCAGUGUUGUUGCAAUGAGCACCAACACGCCCCAGGUGAUGGUGGUGACUAGCGACGGGAACUUUUACGUCUUCAGUAUCGAUCUGUCGAAAGGUGGUGAGGGGACACUGACCAAGCAAUACUCUGUUCUCGACGCGAACGACCGACUGGGUUACUCGGUGAUGGAUUAUUGAAACCCGCUUAGAUACCACUCUCAUUCUAAUCUCUUCUCCUCUCUGCUGUCCAAUCAGCCGCUAACGACCAGUCGCAUUUGUCUUUCUUUGAGCGUCUGCAUUUCUUGCUGUCAUCUCCCAUCCAGCUGUGUUCGUGUACAAGUCGCUAGCUUUUCGACCAUCUCGCUUUUUCAGGUACUUGAUUAGGUUUUGUUUUCGGUCCCGAGGUCUUAUAUAAUUACCUGUGGUUUUGUCUGAAAGCGGCAGCGUAAGCCUCCAUUUGUGUCUGGAGUGUAUGGUGUGCAUGUUCGGUAUUCUGUGUUUGUAUCUUCUCUGACUAAGUGGAUUGCAAGGACUGUUUCUGGACCAUAUAUGUGUGCUGUCUUAUGUCUUGUCGUGCCU